AUGUUAUUGUCUGCUACUCGUAAUUCACACAAGGUGGCAAUUCCCUCAACUGUAAGGUUAAUGUCUACUAUUAAUAUGAGAAGAUCAAUGGCUACUGCAACAUCUAAUGGAACCUCGUCAUCAACAAAAGCUACCCCUUCAGAAGAUAAUAUAUCAGGAGAUGAUGUAGUUACUAUUAAUUUACCAAAGGAAUCGUUUGAAGGUUAUAUGGUUGAGCCACCUUCUUUAUCUUAUAAGACUACUAAAGGUGAAUUAUUACAAAUGUAUAAAGAUAUGGUUAUUAUUAGAAGAAUGGAAAUGGCUUGUGAUGCUCUUUAUAAAGCUAAAAAAAUUAGAGGGUUUUGUCAUUUAUCCGUUGGUCAAGAAGCAAUUGCUGUUGGUAUUGAAAAUGCAAUUACUAAAAUGGAUUCUGUAAUUACAUCUUAUAGAUGUCAUGGUUUUACUUAUAUGAGAGGUGCUCCGGUUAAAUCUGUCUUAGCUGAAUUAAUGGGUAGAAGAGCAGGUGUGUCUCAUGGUAAAGGUGGUUCUAUGCAUUUAUAUACAUCAGGAUUUUAUGGUGGUAAUGGUAUUGUUGGUGGUCAAGUUCCAUUAGGUACUGGUUUAGCUUUUGCUCAUCAAUAUAAGAACGAAGAUGCUUGUUCUUUUACUCUUUAUGGUGAUGGUGCCUCUAAUCAAGGUCAAGUUUUUGAAUCCUUUAAUAUGGCCAAAUUAUGGAAUUUACCUGUUGUUUUCUGCUGUGAAAAUAAUAGGUAUGGUAUGGGUACAGCUGCUUCAAGAUCUUCUGCAACAACAGAAUAUUAUAAACGUGGUCAAUAUAUUCCAGGUAUUAAAGUUAAUGGUAUGGAUGUCUUAUCAAUUUAUCAAGCAUCUAAAUUUGCAAAAGAUUGGUGUGUCUCUGGUAAAGGUCCAUUGUUAUUAGAAUAUGAAACUUACAGAUAUGGUGGUCAUUCAAUGUCUGAUCCAGGUACUACUUACAGAACAAGAGAAGAAAUUCAAAAUAUGAGAUCAAAGAAUGAUCCAAUUGCAGGUUUAAAGAUGCAUUUAAUCGAUUUAGGUAUUGCUACUGAAGCAGAAGUUAAAGCUUACGAUAAGUCUGCAAGAAAACAUGUCGAUGAACAGGUUGAACUUGCUGACGCCUGUGCACCUCCAGAGGCUAAAUUAUCAAUCUUAUUCGAAGAUGUUUAUGUAAAGGGUUCUGAAACUCCAACUUUAAGAGGUAGAAUCUCAGAAGACACUUGGGAUUUCCAAAAGGGUGGAUUUGCUAACAGAGAUUAA